GAUAUUUUGUAAAAUCAAAUCGAACUCUUGUCUGGACUUUGAUUCUGUCAGGUGGUAAUUUUUCGUUGACAAGAAGAUGACGUCCUGCGUUGGAAAGAUCAUUGAAUGCUUGGCUGCAGUUGCCUGGCAAGCAAAUGAACCACUGAAAAUUGAAAAAGUUUCUGUAGCACCACCGAAAGCUGGUGAAGUCAGAAUCAAAAUAUUACAUUCAGGAGUGUGUCACACAGAUGCUUAUACAUUGGGUGGUCAUGAUUCAGAGGGUGUCUUUCCUGUUAUAUUGGGGCAUGAAGGGGGUGGAAUUGUGGAGAGUGUCGGGGAAGGGGUUACUGAAUUCGAAAUUGGGGACCAUGUGAUUCCUUUGUACAUACCACAGUGCAAAGAAUGUAAGUUCUGCCUUAAUCCUAAGACAAAUCUCUGCCAGAAAAUUAGAGUCACCCAGGGCCGUGGUGUUAUGCCAGAUGGUACAUCAAGAUUCACUUGUAAUGGAAAAACCAUCUAUCACUUCAUGGGUUGUAGUACCUUUUCUGAAUACACUGUUGUAGCUUCAAUUUCAUUGUGCAAGAUACCGAAAGAGGCAGAUUUGCAGAAAGUAUGCUUGCUUGGCUGCGGCAUUUCAACAGGAUUCGGAGCUGUUUUCAAUACUGCUAAAGUUGAAAAAGGAUCGGUCUGUGGUGUUUGGGGCAUUGGUGCUGUGGGUCUAGCCGCCAUUAUGGGAUGCCAGAAGGCCGGUGCAAGCAAAAUAUAUGCCGUUGAUAUCAAUGAAAAGAAGUUUGAUCUAGCUAAAAAGUUUGGGGCUACACAUGUAAUUAAUCCAGCAAAUUACAACAAACCGAUGCAAGAAGUUCUGGUUGAAAUGACGGAUGGGGGCUUUGAUUACACAUUUGAAUGCAUAGGCAAUGUUCAAACCAUGAGAUCAGCAUUAGAGGCCUGCCACAAAGGAUGGGGUGUGUCGGUCAUCAUUGGAGUUGCAGCAGCUGGCCAGGAAAUCUCCACCAAACCGUUCCAACUCGUCACAGGCAGAACGUGGAAAGGAACUGCAUUUGGAGGUUACAAGAGUAAAGAUUGCGUUCCAUUGCUUGUCAACAAAUACUUGGGAAAAGAACUAGAAAUAGAUGAUUUUGUAACUCACACCAUGGAAUUAAACGAUAUAAACAAAGCUUUUCAUUUGAUGCACACUGGAGAGAGCAUUAGAUCUGUUGUUAAAAUCGGCCAUUGAUCUGUCGCAGUUUCGGUACAUUUUGGUUGAUAUCAUUUGAUAAUAUUAAUAUUAAUAAAACUUCCAAUUAUCCAAUCACGUUCUACUUUAUUAUUAUUGACUGUGGUUCACAGCAAAAUGUAUAAAUAAAAUGUCAUCAUCACCGAAGCAC